AAUAUCUCCCUUAUACAGGAACACAUAGCCAAAGAAGAAGACGCUUUAAGAUGAUCCCCAGAGUUGUGUUCGCUAUUCUAAAAAAGAAAGAAAGAGAUUUUUUUGAGAUUCUCAAUUCUGCCUUUUUUGAUCCCAUGCUUUCCGUUGGUCAACAACCAACUAAAGUGCUCUAUACUUCUUCACUACUCCUACAGGCUUGACGGAGUUAAGCUGUAUUGAGGGAAUCGUUUUGUCUCAAUCAAUCAAGAAUGCCUCAACUAGAUAAAUUCACUUAUUUCACACUGGAUCUAGCGCAGAUCGUCUCCAGCCCACUUGAACAAUUUGAUAUAAUCCUAUUGAUUCCUAUGAAAAUAGGAAACUUAUAUUUCUCAUUCACAAAUCCAUCUUUGUUUAUGCUACUAACUCUCAGUUUGGUCCUACUUUUGGUUUAUUUUGUUACUAAAAAGGGAGGAGGAAACUCAGUACCAAAUGCUUGGCAAUCCUUGGUAGAGCUUAUUUAUGAUUUCGUGCUGAACCCGGUAAACGAACAAAUAGGUGGUCUUUCCGAAAAUGUUAAACAAAAGUUUUCCCCUCGCAUCUCGGUCACUUUUACUUUUUCGUUAUUUUGUAAUCCCCAGGGUAUGAUACCUUAUAGCUUCACAGUUACAAGUCAUUUUCUCAUUACUUUGGGUCUCUCAUUUUUUAUUUUUAUUGGCAUUACUAUAGUGGGAUUUCAAAAAAAUGGGCUUUAUUUUUUAAGCUUCUUAUUACCUGCAGGAGUCCCACUGCCAUUAGCACCUUUUUUAGUACUCCUUGAGCUAAUCCCUUAUUGUUUUCGAGCAUUAAGCUCAGGAAUACGUUUAUUUACUAAUAUGAUGGCCGGUCAUAGUUCAUUAAAGAUUUUAAGUGGGUUCGCUUGGACUACGCUAUGUAUGAAUGAUCUUUUAUAUUUCAUAGGGGAUCUUGGUCCUUUAUUUAUAGUUCUUGCAUUAAUCGGUCUGGAAUUAGGUGUAGCUAUAUCACAAGCUCAUGUUUCUACGAUCUUAAUCUGUAUUUACUUGAAUGAUGCUAUAAAUCUUCAUCAAAGUGCUUAUUUUUUUAUAAUUGAACAAAAGCGAGUCUGAAUGGGUAUACUUAGUCGUGGAGCAUUCCGA